AUGAAGUACUCCUGUGUUUUGCUCCUUUUGGCCACUGUCGCCUGUUUCCUGGUGAGCCUGUCCAGUGGCAGUACCACGACCACAAGCACAGAUGCCACCACCACAACGACCACCGCCUCGUCCUCGGACACCACCACCACCACAGCAUCGUCCUCGGACACCACGACCACCACCACGGCAUCGCCCUCCUCCUCCAAGAAGAAGCACGUGAUCCACUACAAGCGCAAGGUGCACCGCCCCAAGAAGGUCAAGACGAUCCGCAGGAAGAAGAACCGCAGCGGUUAA